CUAUCAAAGCCUGGAUGGUGGGAGCUUUCUACAGCUGAAUAAAGAUAAGACUGAGAUCCUCAUCUGUGCCCCAGACAAGCUGGUUCCCAAAGUCAGAGACUCUCUUGGUCAGCUUGCUUCUCACACCAAACCUUGUCAGGAAUCUUGGCGUGACCUUUGACUCAGCUCUCACCCUGGAUUCUCAUGUCAGUUCUCUUGUUCGCUCUUCCUUCUUCCAUCUCAGGAACAUUGCUAAGCUGAGUCCCAUUCUGUCCCGCUCUGAACUUGAGACAGUUCUCCACACCUUCAUCUCCUCACGCUUAGACUACUGUAACUCUUUUCACGUGUCUGAGCAGAACCUCCCUGAACCGUCUACAGGUGGUUCAGAACGCCUGUGCUCGGCUUCUGACCAAGUCCUCCAAACACACCCACAUCACCCCGCUUCUCCUCCAGCUUCACUGGCUGCUAGUCAACUUCAGGGUUCAUUUCAAGAUCCUGGUUCUGGUCUAUAGGGCCUUACAUGGACAAGCACCAUCAUACAUUGGUGAUCUUCUUAGUCCCUACACCCCCAGCAGGUCCCUGAGGUCCAGUGACCAAAGCCUACAGGUUGUGCAGCACCAGGCUAAAGACCAAAGGUGACAGAUCAUCUGCUGCUGUGGCCCCCAGACUCUGGAACUCUCUCCCCCUGAGCCUGAGAUCAGUGGACUCAGUGGUCUCCUUUAAAAGCAGCUGAAGACUCACUUGUUCAAGCUGGCUUUUGUAUCACCUUCUUCACCACUCUCUCUUUAUUCUGCUCUCCCCACCUAAUCCACCUUCCUCAGGAUCCACUGAUUUCCCUCUUUCCUAUUCACUCUCUCUCUUAACAUUUUAUAAAUCACAAUUGUCUAUUUUUGCUUAUUUUAAAUAUAUUUUUAAACAUUUUCUAAAUGCUUUUUUAUAUUUUUACAUUUUUUGUUUUUGUGAAGUGCCUCGUGAUUUUUAUCUUGAGAGGCGCUAUAGAAAUAUUUUCUUCUUCUUCUAAAACUUUCACUAAUAGAUUAGAUGAAAAAUGACCUGCAUUUUUAGGGCGCCUUUCUGAGUCGGAGAACUCCAAAGUGCUUUACGAUACUAUCACUCAUCCAUUCUCACAUCGACGGUGGAAAAUGGUAAAAAAUAAAGAAUUCAGUUGAAAUAUAAAAGUAAAACAUGUGAAAGCAGAGCAGCCUCCCUGUGAUCUAAAUAGACAUUACGUUGUAAUUUUUAUUGUUUAAUUUGAUGCUUUCCCAUCUGUUGUAAUUAUUACAGAUUCAACCAUCAACUGAAAAAGAAUCCAUAAAACGUCAGUAUCCAAUCCCUUUAAGUCGAACUCUAAAACAUUUCAAAUAAACUAAAUGGACGUAUUUUGUAUUUGCUUCGUUGUAUUUUCUGUACAUGUUGAUGAUCUCUGCCAUGCUCUUUUAAAGUAAACAGUAUCUGAACAUACUGCAACAAGAUAAGGUAAGAAGUAGGUGAAUCAAAAGUAAUAAACUCUUAAAAGCAGAGAUGUUCAUUUAUUUUCUUAUUUUGUUCAGGAAAAAUAGCAUGACUUGCCAGGCUAUAGAGUUGCAUUUACGGAGGCUAGCCAGCAGGGGGCGCGCGUCUGUGUUCUCCGGCCUCGGGAGGGACCUGUUAGCAGCGAGAGACACCCGUUGUGGCGGGAGCUAACUUCAUUAGGCUAGUCUUGCUUUCUCUGAGUGACUUUUCGGAGAAAAUUAUUCCAAGAGUAGAGAAACAGAGCAGAUUUGGAAAAUGGCUACACGUAGAAAACCGAUGACGAAAAAACACCUGGAAGAAAAACUGGAUAAAGCUGUUUAUGCUUUUACUGAAAAAGAUGAAAAGAAAGACCUGAGUGGCUCAGAAGAAGAGGGAAGAGAAGAUGAAACUCAUGUUGUUGACAAGAUGGCAAAGAAGAGAUCAGCAGCUGGUUUUGAGGAGGAGGCCGUCUCAUGUGCAGUCGGAAAUGAGGUUCAGUCUAUGUUGGAGAAAUUUGGGGCCGACAUCAGCAAGGUGAUGCAGGCCAAGAAGAAACGCCUAGAGUGUCUAACCAAGAACUACAUGAAGGGAAGCCAACAGAAACUGGAGCAGCUCUGGAGUAACCAUCACGGCCAAAGGAAGAAGGCGACCCAGCAGUACUCUCAGCAGGUUUCUUCUGCCCUGCAGCAGUGGGAGGAUGAAGCCCAGCGAGCCGAGGAGCAGGAGGAGAAACUGAACAAUUUGUUUCGGCAGCAGCAGAAAAUCCUGCAGCAGGCCCGGGUGGUUCAGAACCAGAAGCUGAAAGCUGUCAGAGAUCUGUAUGAGCAGUUUGUCAAGUACAUGGACAACAUGGAGAAGAACCAUGAGACGUUCCUACAGGGGGCGCAGCAGGAGCUGAGGAAGGAGAUGGCCACGCUUCAGAAGAAAAUCCUCAUGGACAUUCAACAGCAGGAGAUGGCUACAGUCCGCAAGUCUCUGCAUUCCAUGCUUUUCUGACCUGUUGUUACCAGAGCAACCCUUCCAGUGAUCCAUGUGUUUCAUUGUUCUAGUGACAUUUAAGGUCUCCUACUCCGGUUUUGUGACUGCUGGUUCUGAUGGGUUUUCACACCGCUCCAGUUUCAAUUCAUGCAGUUGCUUCUGGUUUCUUUCCCGAGUCAUUUUGCUGAAUCAGUUUCAUUAAAAAGAUUAUUUUUACAUCACA